CCUGACGGAUAUCACUGUGGUUGUACAAGUGGCUACCAAUGCCAACGAUACUGGGGAAACUAUUACUGGGGAAAGUGUGUAAAGCCACAGUGCUCCAGCGAUUCAAACUGUUACAAAACUCACUGCUGUUCCGGUGGCCAGUGUAAACUGAAAAAGAGGGCUGGCCAAUACUGUCCUGCCAAUGGGGUAAAAAUGUUCCUAUGCGUGUACUAACUAUAUAUUUUGUUUUGCUUUUUUGUUUGUAAUAACUUCCAAAUAAGUUCCAAAAACGAAAAGACCGAGAAACAACGCAUGAACAAAUCAGUAACUUACUGAUUAUGUUAGCAUGUGUAGCGGGCCGUUUUUUGGUGUCUUUUUGGGGAUUCGUUUGUAGCCUCCAAGGUUAAACAAGAAAACGAGGGGGAAGAGAAAAGGGAGAGAGGCAAAGAAGAAACUCAUUUCACGGUCAUAUCUUUUACUUUACGAAUUGCGGUUGAUGAGAAAAACCGCCUGUUACGCAAGCUAUGAUUGCAAUCAACUCUGGGGCUGGCACUGAGUGGCUUCUUAGAGAGGUGUCCGUCUUAAAGAGUCAAAUAAAAGGAGUAAAGAAAGGCAGGGACCAACUCUAGGUGUCCGUUUUACAGAGGUGUCCAUUUUAUGUAGGUGUCCGUUAAGAGAGAGUCGACUGUAUUUAAGAACAUCAGCCAGACGUAUUAAAAUUUGUCAAUUGAUUUGUUUUUAAAACUGUCUUAUACUACGUACUGGCGAAAAUGUCUUUGAAACUUUUCUCUUAUUAUUAAUGGCCAGGCCAAUGUUACUGCCACUCAGGUAACUUCUGGACUUUCUAAAACCGAUCAAUGACAUUAAAUCGCCAUUAAAUUUAUUUAUUUAUAUUUUUUUUACAGGCCGAUAAGUAUCAUUGUGGUUGUACAAGUGGUUUUGAAUGCAGGAGAUACCGGGGAAACCGUUAUUGGGGAAAAUGUGCUUGUUCUGGUGAUUCAAGCUGUGCCAAAACACAUUGUUGCUCGGGUGGCUUGUGUAAGCCGCGGAAGAAGGCUGGAGAAUACUGUCCUCUUAAAGGGGUAAAAACUUAUAGUUUAUCGAAAUACUUUUGUCUUGAUCAAAACAGAACUCAGUGAAAAAAUGUAGGCCAUUUGCACAAUGACGUCAACUUUACUACUACGACUGAAAUACUCUUGUUCGUUUUUUUUUUGAUAUUUUAAUUUGGUAAUCGCGGCAUGAUUAUAAAAACAAAAGCUUAAAUUUGCAUAAGAAAGCAGAAAAUAAUAAAUAAUAAAUAAAAAAAAUACAAGGAUUCUGGUGGUAGUAACAUGACGUUACCGUGCAAAUGGUCUAUUCCAUUUUAAGCUACUGAGCUAGAGUGAUUCCCGAAAAGAUCUACCGCGCCUUGGCCGCGAUAGACAUUGGAUAGCGCUUAGAAAAGCGAUGUAUAAGCGCUAUAUAAAUUCCAUUAUUAUUAUUAUUAUCCACCGGAUAAAAUCACUAUUCAGCGGACAAGUAUUACUGGAAACAAUUGCGUUAUCCACUGGACAGAAUUCGGUGGAUAGUGCUAUCCAACGUUUGAACAACGAGGGAUUCACAGAAAUAGUCUUUAUGCGAGGAAAGAGGAGACUGUAUUUUUUUUAUCAUUAUUAUGGUUUUUGCAAGGUUAGGACCAAUACAACUAACUAGAGAAGUAACUGCAAAACCUUUUCUGCUAGAUUUCUACUGGAUCAGAGAUAAAAAAUUGUGUGUGUUAAUUUUUUUCGCAGGCUGAUAUCUAUCACUGUGGUUGUAUCCAGGGAUACCAGUGCACCGCAGCUAAUGUUGGCAACUAUUGGGGGAAAUGUACAAAGGUUGUACCCCCGACUGAGGAGCCUGGCUCGGGAUCUGGUGAAGUAGAAUAACCGCAUGAUUGAGCCAGCGAUACACGAACAAAUAAAAUUCGUGAUACAUCAUGUAUAUUCAUUCAGACUUAGAGAUGGGGGAUUCAAAUAAAACGAGUUAAUUAGGGA